UUUCUCACGCUCCACAGUUGCGCAGAGGUGAGUAUCAAAAUGGUCGGACCACUGUACGAUUGUCUGGCGAACCCGCUGGGAGCCGUCCGAUUGACCUUCGAGAAGGCGAUCGCAUCAGGAUCCGAUCCAGCUUCUUUGGACGGCAAAGACUGGGGCGCUCUCGAACUUUUCCGUCAAUUUCUCUUCGAUAAAGGCGGCCUCUCCCAUGUUCCGAUUCUUAAUCCGACAACUAUGAGAUGGGUUCAGCCCAAUACCUUGGUUCGCUUUCGUGGAAUGAUACAAGAUAUGUUGGGAAAUGAGUUCUAUGCGGGUGCUUAUAAGGAUGGUUCUGUAUGGAGGACAAACAAGUUCAUGGAUUUUUCUCAGUAUCCUAUGACUUCUUCACUUGAUUCACCUGAUGUACGAGUCUGGGAACGUCGUUUGUUGUACUGCAUUCCGGUUCCAGGACAGAAUUCGUGGACUGAAACUUCAUCUGAAGUAAUGAUGAAUUGGUGCAUGGACGGGACAUCCCAACAGGGAGAGAAGCGCCAAAGGAUGGAUGAUGAUGCUCCUGACCACGUGGAUAUGGUAGCAGAUCAUGAUUUUGAAAGUUCUCCCAGUGUCAAGAAGAUGAGAGAGACUGGGGUUGCUUCUCCUUCUUCACUGUCCAAGGAUUCUAAACUUGAGGGCACUUCUAGUGUAAGUACAGUUCCAGAUAUUGACAGAAAUUCUCUUCCUUGUCUGGUAAAGAUUUAUGACUGUCCAGAGAAUGAGUUGAAGCUUAAUGAUGUUUUCGAGUUUGUUGGUGUACUCACGUUGAAUUCAGAUGUUAGUGUGGAUAAAGAUGAUAAUAAUGAGUUCUCAAAUGGUUUCUUUGAAGAUGAGUUGGUUCAUUCGCCCCCUGACAAGGUACCACAUCUUCAUUGUCUUAUUCACAGGAAGCUUGAUGUUCACGACUUUUUACAGACUUCACCCAUGAUGGAGCCGAAGCCCCAUUUGGUGAAAGAGAUAAGGGAAUCCCUGUUGAGGCAUCUUACAGCUACUCUUGGGAAUGAUGGGAUAGCAGCUCAUUUCAUGUUGUUACAUCUUCUUUCCAAGGUACAUGCUAGAGCAGACAAUUUUGCUGUGGGGAAACUUUCUCUGAAUCUCACUUGUUUAAGCAAAGAAAGUGUGUCUGUGUUUGGCAAUCAGCUUAGACUUGCUUUCCAGAAUGUCUUACCAUUCACACAUUACGUACCCCUUACUGUGGAGUAUCUUAACACUGCCUCACUUGCCCCCAAGAAGGAUUAUCAAACAAAUAGAUUAAUACAUGGAGCUCUACAGCUAGCUGAGGGCUCACACUUGAUCAUUGACGAAACCCGGUUGGAAGCAGGGACCCUCAACUCCACUGGGGUUGAGAAUGCAAGGUUACUGAAACAGCUAAUGGAAUUUCAAAAGGUGGAGUACGACUUUGAGUACUACAAGAUGGAAAUGACUGCUGAUGUCCAGUUGCUUAUAUUUUCCGAAGGGAAAUCAAACAUUGUACCUGCUGAUUUGGUUGUACCUUUUCAGCCUUCUUCAUCAGGUUCCUUUGAAGUUGUGCCUAUAGAAACGCUAGAAGCUUGGAGAUGGUACUUGGCUACCGUUAGAUCAUUGCCACAUUCUAUUGAAUCAGAAAUGCAGCAGGUGGUGGAAAAUGAUUUGGUUGCAGCAAGGCAAACAAAUAGAAGCUUAAACAGCAAAGAUUUGAGCAGAUUGGUGACAAUGGGGCGCCUGAUGUCUGCAAGUUUUGGAGAGACAACUUUGACAUUGCAACAUUGGCAGUUGGUAAAGGAAUUGGAGAGGCUGAGAAUGGAGAGACUUAAGUAACUUUACUCAUCAGUCGAUUAUUGUACCAGAUGAUAUAUAACCCUUGUGGGAUGGUGCGGAUCAUCUGAAAAUUUAAUGGGUCUGUGUAUAAUUGGAGUUGAUGUACAAUCACUAAUUACUAUGAUAAAUUGCUUUGGCUAUUCUUUACUAAAGCCCCUUCUUACGAUGGGAUUAAUGUUAUUAAAC